CCUUUCAUCUCUGUGGAGCUUACUGACAACCAGCCGUCUGGUUUCCUAGGAAACAAAACCUUGGCUAGAAAUAGUGAAUCAUUUCCAGGUCACUUUCAACAUGGAGAGUGGAGCAGGAAAGCAUUGGACUGAAGAGGAGGUUAAAGCCUUGCUAAGCGUCUGGUCAGAAAAAAACAUAAGAAAACAACUUCAUGGAACACUAAGGAAUAAAGGAAUAUUUAUCUACAUUGCUAAAAGACUACAGGAGUUAGGAGUUUGCAGAGACUGGAAACAGUGCCGUGCAAAGUAUAAAAAUCUGAAGUAUGAAUUCAGAACAGUUAAAUAUGCCCACAACUCUGGAGAUGCCACUAAAACCAUGAAGUUUUUUCAUGAUCUGGAUGCUAUACUGCAAUAUGAACCAGUCACACAAUUAACAGAGGACGAAAACGGCAGGUGCUCUGCAACUGAGAGACAGCUGAACAUAAGCACUACCACAGAGAACACUGAAGGUGAAAUAUCAGUUGCAUUAGAAGAGGAUGAGGAUGUCCCAGAGGAUCCAUUACUUUUUAUUUCACAUGUCAGACCAAUUGAACUAGGUAACUCAUACCUGUGUCUCUCCCCCACCCCACCUGAUGUAGGUAACCCAACAUCAAUAUUAGAGACGUCCAAAAAUCCACCUUUUAUUCCAACGGUAGCAAACGAAGGAGGAAAACACUGGACUGUCAAUGAAGUCAGAGCUCUAAUACAUAUAUGGUCAGACAAAAACAUCCAGCAACAACUUGAAGUGACAGUGAGAAAUAAAAGAAUAUUUGAACAAGUUGCUGCUAGGCUUCAAAAAUUUGGAAUUGAAAGGGACUGGAAGCAGUGCAGAACAAAGUAUAAAAACUUAAAACAUGAAUACAAAAGCGUAAAAAAUGCCCAAGACUCAGGGAAUACAAGUAAAAGUAUGAAAUUUUUUAAUGAACUGGAUGCCAUUCUGGGACACAACACUGGAGAGCAAUCAAGCAAAUCAGAUAAUGAAGAAGGUGAAAGGCCUACAGAAUGGAUAGAAGCUAAAACAGAAAAAGACUCCUUAGGAAUACCUGGAGACACAGGUGAAGAGGACUCUGUCAGUAAUAUGUCAGAAGAGCUACAGGUCACACAUAUAGAGAAAGUUUCUGACACAGUGCUCCCUGACAAAUUCAAAGAAGACAAGUCUGUAAGCAAUCUUUUAGAAGAACUAGGUGCCACACAUAUAAAGGAAGAGGAGGAUAUUGGUUUAGAUGAGGUUUCUGCAACGACUACUUCAGAGAAUCUGGCAGCUUCGCAUGUACCAAGAGGGAAAGAUGAGACAAAAAUCCCUGAAGAUAAAGAGGACUUCAUUAAUUUCACCCCAGAAGACUUGGAAUCUACACAUAUAAAGAAAGAGACAAUUGACAUAGACGAUGAUUCUAUAAGCACUACUUCAGAGGAUAUAUCUGGCCCAUCAGUAGUGAAACAGAUAACUGGGACAGACAAUUUAAUUCCUUUGGAUGAAGCACAGAAUCACUUUAGGGUUAUUACAGUUCAUGAUACAGGAGCAGGAAAACACUGGAGUGAUAAUGAAGUCAGAGCUCUGAUAAAUAUAUGGUCAGAUGAGAAGAUACAACAAAUGCUUGAAGGAGCAACAAGAAAUAAAGAAAUCUUUGAGGAGAUUGCCAGAAGAUUAAUGAAAUUUGGCAUAGACAGAGACUGGAAGCAGUGUCGCACAAAGUACAAGAACUUAAAAUAUGAAUACCGCGCACUGCAAAAAGAAAAUGAUCAUCCUGGCAAUCCCAGACGAAAGAUGAGGUUUUACGAUGAAGUUGAUUGCAUCUUCAGAAGACAACCUCUAGUUGCAUCUAGCUGGGGAUGUGAAAGUUCUAAUCUCAUAUCAGAGUCAGUGGGAGACAUUAUCACAAACACAGGACCUUGGGGUAUCAAGAGAAAAGCAUCUGAUGAAUCAUCACCUGGGCCGCUUAAGAAGAGUGCUUCUGAGAAAGCUGUAGUACAGUUUCAAAGAAGUUUAACAGACAGAAUGCAUACAGUAACAGAAGGCAAAAAAGCACUUUUAGAAAGGCUUUGUAAACAGGAGGAAACACAAGACAUCAGCAGAACACAGCUGUAUGGUGAUCCUCCAGCUAUAAAACAGGUUGGUUUAAUGAACUUUCUACCAAACUCGCAUGCAAAAAGAAAAUACAGACAAUCCACAGAUGAGAGAUGGAAGAGAUCUAUUUGAUUAUCUAGUCCAUCCAUACUAGCAUAGGAUUGCUUCUAUACAGUAAAUUUGUGCUUGAGCUAUUUAAACCUAAACAGGAAUGCGUUUCCCAUCACUGCUCUUGGGAGACUAUGCCACAGAUUAACAGACUGAAUGGAAAGGAAACUUCAACUUGUUUUAAGCCUAGAUUUUCCUUUGCUUUAAAUUGCACCCCAUUCCUUGUAGGUACACUCUUAUAGACCAUCAUAGCAGUUACUCCUCCUCCUCUACAUUCAUAACCUUCAAAUCUUGAAGGUUUUAUCAGAGCUUUCUUUAGCAAAGUGAGUGAGAAGUGAAAAAUACGAGCUUCCUCUGAACAAAACAAAAAUCUGACCCAAUUAUUGUGUUGAUGCUGUGCUGUUUUCCUAAAUCUGCAGACGGAAAAUUCUAGUGCCAGGCCUUCUGCUCAAGCAGAAGUAUAAAAAUUAGUAAGACUGGUCAGUUCCACUACAACUGGUCAGAACCAAUGUGUCAGUCACACUCCUGCUGCCUUGCACUAGACCUUUUCAUAAAGCUAUCCAGGACAAUCCACAUCUUUUUCCUGUAAAUUUACAACAAAUUAGUAAAUGAAACAUUGACAGUCUGACCUGACUCAUUACCUUUCAUUUGCUCAAGUAAAAAUUGCAUACUACAGUGACAAGCAUUUUAGAAAUAUCUGAGAAUGGUCAUUCCACUCCACCCCUUAAUGUGUCUAGAUCUUUCUGGUGUUUCUCAUAGCCCACUAUUAUUUCAAUAACUGAAACAACUCUGUGUCAACAGUUAACCAAAUUCACUGUCUACUACCCCCUACGUAUUGAUACGUAUAAGAAAUACAGAAAUCCCCCUAUUAUCCACUCUCCAUUUUAAGAGACAACCAUUCCCUAUGACUGCUAUCACUUAGCCAGUUUUUAGUUCUCAACAAGACUCUGCCUCUUACCCCAUAGUUAUUUAUUUUCCCUGUUAAUCUUAUGAUGGGCCUUAUGCAAAGCUUUUUGAAAAUCCAAGUUAAGUUAUUUUCACUGGGUUGACUUUAUCUACUAUUUUAGAAACUUUUUCAAACUAUUCUAAGAAA